CUCUCCAGAUGUGCCAGAGGCUGAGGCUCUACAGGUUGCUCCGCAUCACUGCUUCGGACUCCCUCAACGCUUUGUUGAAAUGAUCUUCUGAAUUUGGCUCCUGAUUAAAGCUGACAGAUAAUGGAAACAUUUCCUUGGCGAUGUCUCUGGGGCGACUCCUCCGACGUGCCUCUUCAAAAGCUUCCGACCUCCUGACCUUGAAUCCUGGUGGUGGCAGCAGUUCAUCUUCCAUACUUGAUGGGGAGAUUAUCUACUCUAAGAACAAUGUCUGUGUCCAUCCACCUGAGCUGCUACAAGGCAUCGGGGAGCAUCAUCCAGGCUAUUUGUGCUUGUACAUGGAGAAAGAUGAGCUGCUCGGAACCACGCUUAUCCUUGCCUGGGUGCCAAACUCCCGCAUUCAGAGGCAGGAUGAAGAAGCCCUGCGCUAUAUCACUCCUGAGAGCUCCCCUGUCCGUAAAGCUCCCCGCAAACGCGGCCGCCACACUCAGGGUUUCGGCAUUGUCCGGCAGGCUUCCCCCACCGAGCAGAGAGGGGCAGUGGUCCUGAAAGGAGAAGACAUCCUGACUGUGUCACAGCUUGUGAAAGAUGUGGCUUACAUCAGCUCCCCCUCUUCGGAAGGGGAGAAGCUCUCCCAGUGCUGCCCCGCAGCAGAUGGCACCCGCCGGUCCCCCCAGCCUGCCCGCAGUGACUCAGGAAUCCUAUCGACAAUCAGUUCUCAGGAGGAGCAGAACAGGUCGGAGCCGUCGGUGGAAGGGACGGAGGAAGGUCUGGACUGCAGACCAGAGCCAGGGGAGGACGAGGGCUCUUUGGAGCUGUCUGCUGAUGACGUGAGCAGGGACAGUACUUUUGACUCUGAUUCUGAUGCCUUCUCUUCCCCCUUCUGCCUCUCUCCCAUUAGUGAAGCUCUUGGGAAAAGCAGCAGUUCUGUGUUUCUGGAUAAUGAAAGCAGGGACACGUGUGACAAUCGCAUGACCUGCUCCACCAGCUCUGCCUCCAGCCUCGACACCAGUGCCCAGUUCCAGGAGAAUAAUGGGCAAACGCAGAGCACCAGAUGGGAUGAACAGCAGAAAGUGUUUGCCCUGGAGCAGGUCUGUGGUGUCUUUAGAGUGGACCUGGGACAAAUGAGAUCCCUUCGCCUCUUCUUCAGCGACGAGGCAUGCACCUGUGGACAACUGGUUGUUGCGAGCAGGGAGAGCCAGUACAAGAUCUUCCAUUUUCACCAUGGUGGCCUGGAUAAAUUGUCUGAGGUGUUUCAGCAAUGGAAGUACUGCACAGAGACCCAUCUCAAGGACCAGCAGCUUACUGAUGAGAAAACAUGUAUGCAGUUCUCCAUCCGCCGUCCCAAGCUGCCCUCCUCAGAAACCCACCCGGAGGAGAACACGUACAAGCGUCUUGAUGUGUCUGCCUGGCUCCAUCACCUGAAUGAAUCCGGACAGGUGGAAGAGGAGUACAAGCUGCAGAAGGCCAUUUUCUUUGGUGGGAUUGAUAUUUCCAUCCGUGGGGAGGUGUGGCCCUUUCUGCUGCACUACUACAGCUAUGAGUCCACCUCUGAAGAAAGGGAGGCACUGAGACUGCAGAAGAGGAAGGAGUACUCUGACAUCCAGGAGAAAAGGCUUUCGAUGACUCCAGAUGAACAGAAGGAUUUUUGGCGUAAAGUACAGUUCACAGUAGAUAAAGAUGUCGUGAGGACUGACCGCAGCAACCAGUUCUUUCGAGGGGAGGACAACCCAAAUGUGGAAACUAUGAGGAGGAUCUUGCUGAACUAUGCAGUAUUUAACCCAACAAUUGGAUACUCCCAGGGGAUGUCCGACCUGGUUGCCCCACUCCUGGCAGAGGUCCUAGAUGAGUCGGAUACUUUCUGGUGCUUUGUAGGAUUGAUGCAGAACACGAUCUUCAUCAGCUCACCCCGGGAUGAGGAUAUGGAGAAACAGCUGAUGUACCUGCGAGAGCUGCUACGGCUCAUGCACCCGCGCUUCUACCAGCACCUUUCUUCCUUGGGAGAGGAUGGCCUGCAGAUGCUUUUUUGUCACCGUUGGAUCCUCCUCUGUUUUAAACGUGAAUUUCCAGAUGCUGAGGCUUUGCGCAUGUGGGAAGCAUGCUGGGCUCACUAUCAGACUGACUAUUUCCACCUCUUUAUCUGUGUGGCCAUCGUGGUGAUUUACGGGGAUGACGUCAUUGAACAACAGCUGGCCACUGACCAGAUGCUGCUGCAUUUCGGCAACCUGGCUAUGCACAUGAACGGAGAACUUGUACUCAGGAAGGCGAGGAGUCUGCUCUAUCAGUUCCACCUGUUACCCCGCAUCCCCUGCAGCCUGCAUGACCUGUGCAAGCUGUGUGGGACAGGAAUGUGGGACAGUGGCUUCAUCCCCGCUGUGGAGUGCUCUGGCCAUCACCCAGAGUCCGAGAGCUGCCCGUAUGGGGGACUGGCGGAAGUGUCUUCUCCUAAACCAGGAAGCGAAGGCAAGAGAGGCUUGAAAACACGGGACGUCUUUGCUUUCCGAAAAUAGCUGUAGAGGAACAGGGUGUGACAGCGGAAGAGGGCAGGGAAGGAAGGAUGUGCAUAGGAAAAGAUGUUGAAGACAAAAAUGGAGGG